CAGGGACAGUCUAUAAUUGAACGUGAACGUGAGAACGUGUGAAAAUUAAAGAAUAAAAAAGAAUAUAUACGAUUAAACGCACUAAAGUGAAGGAAGUGUAUUGGAGUGUUUUUUUUAUAGGCAAACGCUUAAGUGGUGCUAAUAAAGCAAUUAAAAACAUACAAGAACAAUAAAAAACAUUGAAAUAAUAAUAACGGUUAAAAAAGUAUUUGAAUUUAUUAAAAAAAAACUAAAGCAAAGAGUUUUAAGAGAAUUGGGAAUUAAAAAAUUCAUUAGAAAAAUGAAGAAAAUUUUAAAUUUAUUAAUUAUCGUUACAAUUUACAUAUCUUGGGUAUGGACAAUAUAUGUUCCAGAACAUACUGAUAACAAACAAAUAAAUGAGGAGCAGUUUGGUGUUGAAAAACCAUUAGGAAAGAUUUUACAGACAAUUGAAGAUAGAUAUCUGCUUAAAUUAAAUAAUAUUGAUAAUAAUGACGCUGAUGAUGAUGAUGAUGGCCAACAAAUUGUAUUUAAUGCACAGCAGGCAAAAAAUGCACACCAACUCAAACUCAUACCAACGCAGAAAAAAUCAUACGAUAUCGAUGAUGACGUCGUGGUAAGUGCAAAAAAACGCACAAACCUUAUGCAUGAGAAGAAUUUGGAGGCACAACCAACUGGUUUAGCAGCAGCAGAACAAAAUACACAUAAUAAUGACGUAUUGACAACAGAGGAGAAUAUUAAGACGGAAGACGACUCUUUAAAAGCCCCUACACACUCACGCCAGAAGCGUCAAUUGUCGGACUUCUUAAUCGCGCCCAAUACCCGCUGGUGUGGUCGUGGUAAUACGGCUAAUGGUACCUAUAAUCAUUUGGGUGGUGCCUCUAUGGCUGAUAAAUGCUGUCGCACCCAUGAUCAUUGCAAACUCUAUAUACCAGCCAUGAGUAAUCGUUUUGAUCUUUUCAAUUAUCGUCCCUAUACUUUGUCGCAUUGUAAUUGUGAUCGUCGUUUUCGCACCUGCCUAAAAAUGGCUAGUGAUGAAGAUGCCAAUACUAUAGGCAAACUUUUCUUUAAUCUAGUUCAAACCCAAUGUUUUGUUUUGGCCAAGGAGGUGGUGUGUCAACAGCGUGCCAAGGAUGGCACUUGUCUUAAAGAGCAUAUUAAGCAAAAGGCUUAUUUGAGAAAUAAUAAAAAGUAUUAAAUGGUGAAGGAAACAACGAAACAAGAAAAUAACGCUUCCAUGAAGUGUCUAACUGAACAAAUUCUCAAGUCUCAUUAAAACCUCAUUUAUUUUUUUCUUAAAUAAUAUUAUCAAUAAGUUAUAAUUAAAGAAAGAAAACAAAAUAGUUUCCUAUAUACAUAUGUAUGUAAAACAAAAGUACUUAAACACGUUUAAAACUAACUCAAACACCCUCUUAACUGGCUAUAGGGUAUUAAACUCAUCGGCUGUUUUUGUUUACAUUUGUUUUUUUUUUUUUUCUCAACGCCGCUGCUAAUUGGUCAAAUUUUCAAUUGCAUUAAAAGUUUCUAACGUUGCCUGCAAAUUAAGGCCAAUAUAUAGAAAUUAUAUUAUUAAGCUGUCAGCCACAGGCUUAACAUCAUCAAAAACUAUAUGCUGGUCUUAACAAAAAGAAAAAAAUACCCUGAAAAUUUGUCUAAUUAAUCAUAUUGUAAUUAUAUUUUUUAAAAUAGUUUUAUUUUUAUAAUUUUAUCAAAAAAAAAAAAAAAAA